AUGUCGGGGUACCGCGGCCGUACGGGGCCGAACUUCUCGGAGUAUCUGAACAAUCUCAAUACUCUGGCGGCGCCCUAUGAUCAGGAGCAGUUCCCGGCGGAAGAACUGGACAUCAGCCAGGACCUGGCCAUGUUCACCAACACCGAUUUCACCCAUUUCGACAUACCUGCGCUACCUGAUGAUGGCUCUUUCAACUUUGACCUCGGCGACUCUAAAACCAAUCCGAACAAUGUCAAGUAUGAAGAACUCCUGUCGGGCUCUUCGCCCGCACAAAACUAUCAACCCCCCAACAUUGACACAUCUGCUGGCGAUUCUUCGCACUUCUACGCUACCUACAACACUCCCAUUCAACCCGCACCCGUCCCCGGCUUCAACAACCUCGACUCUCACACAUCUCCGGGCUCCUCUACGGUGACUGGGCCCCAAGGUGCUCGACGGAAAGGCGAUGGCGCGGAUGCCAAUGCAUUGAGUCCGGAAGAGAAGUCCCGCAUGGCCGCUGAGGAAGAUAAGAGGAGGCGGAACACGGCCGCCAGUGCGCGAUUUCGCGUCAAGAAGAAGCAGCGCGAGCAGGCUUUGGAGCGGACGGUGAAGGAAGUGCAAGAGAAGAACGCCAAAUUGGAGGCCAAGGUCAAUCAAUUGGAGAUGGAGAACAAAUGGCUCAAGGAUUUAAUCACUGAAAAGAACGGGAUGCAGUCGAAGGAAGAGAUGGCUGCCGCGUACCAACAGUACCGCAAAGAAAGCGAGGAGCGAGAGCUGAAGCUCAAAGAACAUACGACGGGGGUAGGUACCGACUGA